GUCCGGGCUUAUUUUUCCAUCCCUUGCCAACAUGAGCGAAGACAGCAGAAGUGCAACCUACAUAGACAUGACCCAGCGCCAAAAUCCCAUGGAGCAGAAGGAGCAUGUGUCUCAUUCAGGAUCUCAACGCUCACGGCAACAGUCAGAUGAGUCAUGGGAUUCAAAAUCAGCGUCCACGGCUUCACUACAGAUUGAAGAAGGUGCGGAGAUGCCGCCAACAGACACAGAGAGUUUGGAGAGAAACCGUGCGUCUUAUUCAGGAUCUCAGCGUUUGCAACAACAGCUGAAUAACCGAUGGAAAUCAGAGUCAGUGUCCUCGUCCUCGCUGCAAAUUGAAGAAGGUGCAGAGCUGCCGGCAACGGAUGCAGAGAGUGAGACAGAAUCAGAUACGCACAAACCGGCUGCUGCAGCACGAGAGCUGCCUAAAAGGGCGCCGAUUCUCCUGCCUUCAUUGAUUGUUCCGUUUUCAAUCCUGGGACUUUUGAUCCGCUUGGGGUUGGUAUCGAUCGAGACGUUUUCGGGACAGCAGGUCUUUGCGCUAGCAUGGCCGCAGUUCAUUGGAUGUGUGCUUAUGGGUUUGUUUGUUACGACCAGGGCGUGGAUCGAGGAAGGCUUUGUCAAGGAUAGGAGCAGAAGGAAAGGGCAUUGGAUUGGAGCGUUUAUCUAUGUAGCACUAUCGUCAGGACUGUGCGGAUCGAUUACGACCUUCUCAUCGUGGAGCUUGGGGGUCUUUGUAGAGCUAAUCAACCCGUCCAAGAUCCAGCGCCAUGUGCUACAAAAUAUUUUAUCAGGCAUUUCAGAGUUAAUUGUCACCUUGGCUGUAUCGAUGUCAGGAUUGCAAAUGGGAGCACAUCUUGGACAGGCUGUUCUUCAACACAUCCGUACAGAAGCACCACCUGCUGCAUCUGUACCAUCUACUACAACACCAUCACAGGAUACCCAGGCAACCGCAACAAAGGAUGAAGCUCAACUCAAACGAGCACCAACCCAAACGUUGGACCCAAUUCGCCCGCUCCCACCCACUCACUGGACAGUCCUUGAUGCUGUUAUCGUAUCGUCAGCUAUUAUUAUCUGGAUCGGCAUGAUUCUGGCUGCCAUCUUUACACCAGAGGGCUCUCAGUCAUCAUGGCGGCACGUAGUCCUGGCGAUAUGUUUUGCGCCACCGGGAGCCAUUUUGAGAUGGUAUCUCUCACGGCUCAACCCACGAAUGAAGAAGUUCCCUCUGGGUACAUUCGCAGCGAAUAUAGGAGGGUCGAUGUUCUUAGCAGUGAUUGUUUGUUUGCAACAUAGUCCAGUCGCUGGAGGCAAGAGUGCACUGGCCUGCCAAGUGCUGAGCGGACUGCAGGAUGGGUUCUGUGGCUGCUUGACUACAAUUUCAACAUUCGUAUUGGAGCUAAAGACUUUACCACGGAGGUCAUCGUAUAUCUAUGGACUCGUCUCGAUCGUAGCGGCUCAACUGGGCAUGUUUGUCGUUUUGGGCUCAUUUGUGUGGACACGGAGGUCAACAGUUGAGGACGACAACGUCUAUCAGCAUGACAUGUGUUCCAUGUGAGAGUCCCUAUCGCCUUUAUUGUACUCUUAACCCGGCAUCUUAGAAAUAACUCCACUAUAUAAUAAAGCAAGCAAGGUAUAAGCCACCAUAAUUAGGCGGCAACUCUACAUUUUUUCACGUAGAGGAUGCUCUACCAUGUCGCGUAGACCUCUCUCCCUCAUGCCCGAGGGCCAGGAAAAUAAAAAAUAAAGAAUAUUUCUUCUCUGUCUUUCUCUCUCAUCCACUCUCUCUCUCUUUGUCUGUCUCUAUCACCGCUGCCUGCCGCCAUCCUACUU